UGCUGGCGGUUAACUGAAGAGGCGCUGUUAAAAUCAGCUGUAAAGGCAGUGCUCAAGAUUUGGAAUUGGCGUCUGUGUGUUUUGUUUACUUAAUUUCAUAAUUUAUUUACAAUAUGGAAUUGCCGGCACGCAUUGUUUAUGUGUGCAGUCUGUGUCUACGACAAUAUGAUUUGCUGGAGGAUCUGCGUGGCCACAUGAUGUUCUUCCAUGGUUAUAAACCGUUGCCCACAUCAGGAGUUAAGCAGUUAAAUGCCAAGCAAACAGAGACUCAGCUGUCCAAAAGAGUCUCAAUGCCGCCACCAUCGCCAUCGCCACCUGCGGAGCUACAACCAAUGCCCUUCAAGGACUUUCGCUUGGCGCUGCGCGUGAACAUGCGAGUGCCCUGCACUGAGAUCACUGGAUGCGUUUACAAAUUCGAGGAUGCCAACAAACAGACGCUGCAUGGCAAGUGCCACAAGGGUGAGACUUAUAGCUGCAGCGAGUGCGGACUGGAGCAAGCAAACUGGCGACGCUGCUCGGCGCAUCUGUGGAAGGAGCAUCAAAUCGAUGUGGAUUUGCUGCAAUGUCCCGUGGCAGGUUGCGACUACAAGUCGCCGCUAUCAGCCCUCGUCUGGCGGCAUAUGCGGGUACAUAAGAAGUGGCGGACCAGAGUUUUGCGACGCGAAUUGUGGCGACGUCGCAUCCAGAAGCAGCAGCAACAACAACAGCAACUGCUGCUGGACGAGGCAACCAACAGCCAGGCGCCAUUGCAGCCUGCAGCAGAGGUGAAGAAGAACAAAUACUAUGCGGAAAAGACUUGUGAGAUUUGCCAGCAGAAGUUCGUCAAUGGCAAAACGCUAUCGAAACAUGUGAAGACAGUGCACAACAAAAUCAAACCCUUCAUAUGCAACGUGUGUGGCAAGAAGACAGCGCGCAAAGCUAGCUUAAUCAUACACAUGCGACAGCAUACAGGAGAGAAGCCUCUAAAGUGUGAGCACUGCAAAUUUGCCACUCGAGAUCCCAGCUCGCUGUUCAAGCAUCGUCAGCGGCAUUUAAAGGAUGCAACAGCCACAACUGUGCCGCCAACUUGUUAGGAUUAA